AUGUCGCAAUCCACCAACCAAGAUGUUGCAGAGAUGAUACAUCGGUUAAAGACGAGGCUCGCUUUAGCUAAUUUUAAGCGUCAGCAUGGUUACGAAAAGUAUGAUCUCCACACGCUUGAAUCCAAUCUCUUGCUGCAUCAACAUAAACGUCCAAAGAAACAAGAUGAACCUCCUCCCAACUAUUAUCGCCGUUAUUAUCAUCCAUCACCACCACAACAACAAGACGAUAAGAUGCCUCCUGCAGCAGCUGUACGAAAAGUGGCAGCAACACGUAGCACGCCAUUGUAUCCAUUAUCAGCAAAAAGAAGCACGUCGCCUAGAUUCCCACACAAGCGACCAUUAUCGUCCUCAUCUUCAUCCACCACUCACAAUCGCCAACAUCGAGCAACCACGGUUGAAUCCACCAGUCCUCCUAUCCAACAUACCACUGAAGAUAUCAAUCCAAUCCCAUUUUCCUCUGAUGAAGAGGAUGCAGCCAAUCUACUGGUAAUGCUUCAUCACCAUCACCAUGCAUGA